AGCUAAGUGGGUGGGGGAGGGAAUCAGUCGCAGGGGUGUGAGUCCGUGCAAAGGUGCCCCCAGGGGUGUGAAUUCUGCACUGACCCUCCCCACCCCCGGGAGAAGUGGGUGCUGAGCUGGGAUGACCCCGGAGGAGUGGACCUACCUGGCCGUGCUGCUUUUCUCUAUCCCCAUUGGCUUUGUCUUCAAGAGAGGGGGACACCAAGUGAAGCAGUUUGGGGGGGCAGCCGUGGGGCUGUUCUUGACGCUGGUCACCUGCAACAUCCACACCUUGCACUCCCUGGUCACGAUCCUGGGCACAUGGGUCAUCCUCAGCCUCUCCCCCCGGUCCUGUCACUACCUGACCCUCAGCUGGACCUUCUCCUACCUGCUCUUCUUCCGGACGGUGACUUUCUUCGGGCUGCCGGCCCCCACCCCCUUCACCAACGCCGUGCAGCUGCUGCUGACCCUCAAGAUGGUGAGCCUGGCCAAUGAGGUGCAGGAGAUCAGUCGGGCCAAGAAGCAGGACGUCACCUCGUCUGCCAAGGGCCCCGCGAUUGGGCUGAUCCCCAGUGUGCCGGGGCUGGGCUCGAUCCUCUGCUACAGUUACUGCUACGUGGGGCUCAUGACAGGUCCCUUCUACCGCUACAGGACCCACCUGGACUGGCUGCAGCAGCCGGACUCGCAGGCCAUCCCCAGCUGGCGCCCCCUGGUGGCGCGGGCCAGGCUGGUGCCGGUCUACGGGCUGCUCUUCCUGGGGGCCGCGCAGCUCUUCCCGCUGGAGUACGUGCGGAGCGAGGCCUUCGCCGCCCGGGCGCUGCCCUUCCGCCUCUUCUACAUGGUACCCGUCUUCUUCGUCUUCCGCAUGCGCUUCUACGUGGCCUGGCUCUGCGCCGAGUGCGCCUGCAUCGCCGCCACCUUCGGGGCCUACCCCACGGCCGCCCACGCCCGCCCCGGCGGGGGCCCCACCGUCCACUGCCCCAGUGCGGAGGAGGGGGCGCCAGGGGCGGCUCCCCCCGAGUACGACUACGAGACCAUCAAGAACAUUGACCCGUACGGCACCGACUUCUGCGUGCGGGUGCAGGACGGCAUGCGGUACUGGAACAUGAGCGUGCAGUGGUGGCUGGCCCAGUACAUCUACAAGAGCGCCCCCUUCCGCUCCUACGUCAUGAGGAGCGGCUGGACCAUGCUGAUCUCGGCCUAUUGGCACGGCCUGCAUCCCGGGUACUACCUCAGCUUUCUGACCAUCCCGCUGUGCCUGGCGGCGGAGGGGGCGAUGGAGGCCGGGCUGCGGGGGUGCCGGGGGGCGGCGCCGGAGCCCGACCGCUCCUGGGGCGCCUGGGUGCACUGGUUCCUCAAGAUGCGGGCCUACGACUACAUGUGCAUGGGCUUCGUGCUGCUGGAGCUGGGUGCCACCCUGCGGUACUGGCGCUCCGUCUACUUCUGCGUCCACCUGGGUGCCCUGGCCCUGCUGCUCCUGGGCCGCGCCCUGCCCCGGCCCGCCGCCCAGGGGCCGCACCGCGAGCGAGGGGCCGAGGGAGCCCCCCGCCCAGGACCUCUGGGGGCCCGGGAAUAGCCAGGGCCCUGGGGG